GAGAGCGUCGGGGAAGGUCUUCUACCUACGUCUGUCCUGGUGGCGAUAAUCGAAGAUGUGGUCAAAUAUGAUCAUUCUCCUGCUGAUGCUGCUUGCUUCGGGCAUGACAGCAACAGCAGCAGUAACAGCACCAGAAGGUGAAACAACAACAGCAGCAGUAACUUCAUCAUACUGUACAUUCAAUGGGAAGACUUAUUCGACGGGAGAAUUGCUCGUAGACAGUUGCUUGAACCUAGAAUGUGUGGGAGACACCUGGUACCCGACAGGCUAUUCAAGGAGCACGUGUUCAAUGUGUUCGCUCAGAAAUGACCCACAUAUCACGGGAUUCUCUGGCUUUUACUACGACUUCCACGGCAUCUUAGAAUACUACAUCGCUAUGAAUAUAGACACAUACGGAGUGACUGGCGACUUUUAUCCGUGCAAUACUUUUGCUUCUUGUCUGGACAUCAUUACGUACAAAGACGAUGCGGAUACAGUCAUUACAUUCGACAAAGAUGGUGGGGAUACGAUCCUCGUCAAUGGUGACCCUUUCACUGUCACCAAUGUUGUCCAAAAUGUGCAAUCCGCCGGCGGUGUCGUUCAUCCAGUCCUUGCAUGGAAACAGGGUCACUGCAUUCGCAUUGUAGGAACUCGAGGUAUUGCGGUGAGUUUCUGCAUCCAUGACAUGUACGUGUGGGCUGAAAACGCCAUCCUCGGAGACCUGAAUGGCUUGUGCUUCGGCGGCCGUGCAUUCGGCGCUGCCAAGACCAAACACUUCCAAAGACUAGCUGUCUCACAGGAGGAAAUCAACAAGUGGGGCGAAUCGCUACUAGUUCCGGGCAGCAAUACCCGACCGUUUGAAUCCUCCACUACCGUUGCUUAUGGGGUACUCACCAAUGAAGUGGAUGCCAUUUGUGAUAACGAGAUCGAACAGUGCCAGGCCCUAUUUAACACUGUGUUUUACACGAAAGACUUGUUUAACGCUGUUGUAGAUUUCUGCGUGGUCGACGUAUGCCUCAUGACGCUGAGCAACGCCACCCAGGACGAGAUUGAUGACUGGAAGAGGAAAAUGUCCGACAUGCUGAAGAACACCGUGGACGUCAUCGAAUACACCCUCCCAGCAACUACAGUUCACACAACAACUGAAGCUCCAACAAUAACUGCAGCUCCAACAACUGCAAGUACAGUUUACCCAACGGCAGGACGAGACUACUGUACAUUCGACGGGAAGAUCUACGCAAACGGAGAAACAAUUGAAAACAGCUGCUUGUUCCUGGUAUGUGCGGGAGAUACUUGGCGACCGACAGGGCGUAUAAACAACACAUGUUCAAUGUGCUCAAUCAGAAAUGACCCUCACUUCAUCGAUUUCUUUUCUUGGGCCUUCGAUUUCCAUGGCACAGAUAACUACGCAAUCGCAAGGAACGUAGAUUCCAGUGGAGUGACAGGUGACUUUUAUGAGUGCUUUCCCUUCAUUUCCUGUCUGGACAUCAUUACGUACAAAGAUGAUGCAGCCACAGUCAUCACUUUCAACAGAAACGGCGGGAACACGAUCCACGUGAAUGGCAGCCCUUUCACCGUUACCAAUGCUGUCCAAAAUGUGCAAUCCGCCGGCGGUGUCGUUCACCCGGUCCUUGCAUGGAAACAUAAUAGCAACUGCAUUCGCAUUGUAGGAACUCGGGGUAUUGCGAUGGCCUUCUGCGGAUGGGAAAUGUACGUCUGGGCUCAAGACGCCAUCCUCGGAGGCCUGGAAGGUCUGUGUCUAGCUGGCUCUGCCUUCGACUUGGCCAAUCCUACGAGUGGCUACAGAGUCCUUCGUGUCCCUCAGGAGGAAAUUGAUGUGUGGGGCGAAUCACUCCAAGUUUCAAGAAAUCACGCCGUGAGACAUGUCAGUAGUACUAUUAUAAAAAGCAAUUGUGAUGACGCCACCGAGGAAGAGCUGCUGCAGGCGUGCCUGGACCUUCUCCACGGGGCGUCCUACAACGGACAUCAUGCAAGUGAUGCUUUGCUGCAGAUUACUGCCCACUUCUGCAAGGUCGACCUGUGCGCCAUGUCGCUGACGAACGCGUCUCAGGAGGCGAUUGAUGAAUGGAAAGUCAUCAUGGUCGACAUGUUGGAGAACACAGUCGAAGUCAUCGUCAGCACCCUCCCCCCUGAAGAUCCACAAGAUCCUGAGGAGGAUGACAGGAGGGGCUGUUUGUUAGAGCUGUCUCCACCCGCAGACCCUCCACUGCUGAAGGAUAAAGUGAACCAGAUGCUAUCUUAUAGCCUCUGUGUUCUCUGCUGUGUUUACCUCAGUUCCAGAGGAGCUGAAUGCCCUACUGUCCCGACCGCUACAUUUCACUUGUCACGGGGCGGCGACCCGGGCGGGCCAGGUGCUGCGGUCACCCCCACGAUGGGGGGAAUCGCAGUGAAAACUCUGAGGGGGAGGACUCGGUGGAUAACGGUCCCACCCCUCCCGUGGCUGAAGAAUGCGCUUCAGUCUGUAGUUCAGUGGAUAGCCCCGCUUAAUCCAUUGCCAUGCAACGGACAUGUGCUGAAGGUGAUCCCGAUGCCCAGCGGUAUUCAGUCCAUUAAAGCCCAGGGUGAUGUCUCUUGUUGCUGCCGCUCUGUAUAG